AUGGUGCCCCGAGAAGCCCUUGAAUCUGCCCAGUGCCUGUGCCCUCCCCUCACCAACCUGAAUGCCAAGGAUGUGCUGCUUCGGAGAAGGCACAAGAGGAGAAGCCGGCAGCACCAGCGAUUUAUGGCCCGGAAGGCCUUGUUGCAGGAGGAGGGGCUGCUGAGCAUGCCUCCCGAGCCACGGUCCUCCCCAGCAUCCAUGCCGUCAGAGACACCACCAGGCACUAAAGCCACCAGCAGUGGGAAGCCUCGUCCUCGGGCUGAAUCUGGCGGUACAUCAUGUAGCAGAAAGCCGGCCCCAAGAUGUGUCACCGGUCCCUUGCCUAGCAAGUUCGUGGCCAUUGAUUGUGAGAUGGUGGGCACUGGGCCCUGUGGGCGGGUGAGCGAGCUGGCCCGCUGCUCUGUUGUGAGUUACCAUGGCAAUGUGCUGUAUGAUAAGUACAUCCGGCCUGAGAUGCCCAUUGUGGACUACCGUACCCGCUGGAGCGGCAUCACUUGGCAGCAUAUGCACAAGGCCAUCCCCUUCCAGGUGGCCCAAAAAGAGAUCCUUAAGCUCCUGAAGGGCAAGGUGGUGGUGGGCCAUGCACUGCACAAUGACUUCCGCGCCCUCAAGUACGUCCACCCUCGGAGCCAGACCCGUGAUACAACUUAUGUCCCAAGCCUCCUCAGCCCGCCUAGUCUCCACUCCCGGGCUCGGGUCUCCCUGAAGGACCUGGCUCUGCAGCUGCUGCACAAGAAAAUCCAGGUGGGCCAAUGUGGGCACUCGUCAGUGGAAGAUGCCAUGACAGCCAUGGAGCUCUACCGGCUGGUGGAGGUGCAGUGGGAGCAGCAGGAGGCCAGCAGUCCCUGGGCCCACCCUGAGGACAAAGAACCUGACAGCAGCACGGACAUGGAGCAGUACAUGGAAGACCAAUACUGGCCUGAGGACCUGGCCCUGGGCAGCAGAGGAGGGGUGGGGCAGGCACAGGAUGGAAGGCAGUGA